ACAUAGCCUAGUCCGUGUUGAAAUGUCAGCUGGUUUGCAACGUAGCUUGGCAAUGUCUGGUACAAUGUCUAGUUUCCCAUUUAAUCAACAGAGAAACACUGAGUUGUAUUGGUUUUUAGCAUAGCGUUAAUGGUACGCGUGUGCCAGGGCCAGUAAUUAGCCUAUGCUAUGAUCAUUUGUAAUAUACGUGUCUUGUUAUUGUCUAUUCGAAUGGGUUGAGAGGCUGGGCUAAUUUUCAACCGAAAAGUAGGCCUGUUGGGUUAUCGAAAUAUAUGAAAUAUGAGGCUAAAGUAUAAAUGCGGUAAAUAAAUAUGUAUGUGUACAUGCACAUGUGCAUGCACUGUAUAUCUCGAAGGUAGGCAUCGUUUGUUUUAAAAACAAACAAACAAAUUCAAAAUCCGAUAGUCAUAUCUACUCGACGCAGCAGGGCUUGUUUUUCUCCCGCACCGGCCGGCAUAUCGUCGAGACACACCUCCGCAGUGUUAGGGGAAAAAAUGUGACAUUUUCCAAACCAGCCAAUCAGAUUGUACAUUGUAAUGGCCGUGUGCCAAAAAUGCAUGUUUAUGUAUGCCGAAGACCAAUAGGACUGAAUGGGAGGCGGGACAUUGCGAAUCUCGCCUGGCUGCACGCGCAGGAGAGAGUGGGCGUGGCGUUCAUUUGGAGGAAAAAAGCAAAACAAUCUUUUAUUCCCUGACCGGUCGGCUGUAGUUGUCUGAGGUGGUAGAAAAUCUAGUUGGUAGUGUUGCGACAAGCUAAGUUCUAGUCAAGACAAUCUUGUUAAAUGUAUCAUUUCUUCUUCCGUACUAAAGUCUAUAGAAAGCUAGUUAUCUUUCUUUAGAUUCACUUUUCCUGACUAAAAAUGACUUCCAGGCGCCUCCUCGAUAAGUCCCUUACCGGCAUACGGCUCGGUGGUGCGACUUCGAGUCAAGCUGGUAACAGCACGUAUGCAGGGAAUAACGCCGGACAUGGUGAGAGUGUCACGGCAAUGGAUUGCGGAGUGAUACUGACGUGUACAAAAUUAUCCUCGCCGGGAAGAGUUAUCAGUCCAAUGUUGGACAAUAUCGUUUGGAAUGAAUGUAUCAGCAAAGAUUCUGUUGUCAACGGAGUUGGUUUGAAGUCAGAGAGAGAAAAGCACCUUGACCUGAAAAAAGUGGGCUGUUCAGGUGACAUGGACGAGAGGGACCCGGCGGGCCCCUGUGGGGUCCUGAAGAAGUCCAGCCCCACACAUCGCCUGAUUCUGAACGGGCAGAAGCCAGACGACCAAAUGCACUUAGAGCCCAGGACCUCAGGCCGUGAGGGGGAGGAGGCCAGGACCUGCCUGCAGCCACCCCCGCUCUGCUCCGACGGUUGGCCCGAGGAGCGACACACACACUCGUCCUCGCACAUCCCCGUCCCACGGAACAGGAACCCCUCAGGCCAUGCUGAUAAGGAGGUGAUGGCUGCCACUGUCCUCACCAGUCUGUCCACCAGUCCCCUGGUGCUCAACCCCUCUGCAGCAGCCCAAGCAGCUGCAGUUCCGGAACUGUCCAGCAGGGGGUGGAAGGAGAGCCUCUCGGCCAGCUACAGCAGCUCCACCAGUGGCAACUGGAGCUGGGACGCCAGCGACCAGUCGGUGCCCUCCACGCCCUCGCCGCCCCUCUCCAACGACACCGGCGGCAAGGGCUUCCUGCUCUCCGCGCAGGGCGACGACGCCAGCGAAGAACACGAGAGCGCGCACUUCAUGUUCGAGGACCCCAUCCCCCGGAAACGCAAGAAUUCCAUGAAGGUGAUGUUCAAGUGUUUGUGGAAGAACUGUGAAAAGGUCCUCAGCACGUCCUCAGGGAUCCAAAGGCACAUUCGCACUGUCCACCUGGGUCGGAACAAUGACUCAGACUGCAGUGACGGCGAGGAGGAUUUCUACUACACGGAGAUCGAGGUGAACAUGGACACACUGUCGGAGGGGCUGUCCAGCCUGACGCCCACCUCCCCCACCACGGCCGGCCCGCCCCCCAUCUUCCUCCCGAUGACCUCCGACCUGCGCCGCUGCGACUCCGCCCACCACCAGCAGGCCUUCCACACCCCACUCAGCCAAUCGGCUCCCUCCACACUGUGCCACAUCCGCACUGACCAUGCCUACCAGGCCAGUGUCCCUGUCAACAUUCCCACGUCUUCUGAGACGGUUGAGAGCGAGAACAGGAUCAGUGUGUCCUGGCAGUCUCCCCCCAUCAUUUUUAAAGGCUUACCGGGCCCGAUGAGUCACAUCCGCAGUGUCAGCAUCGGAGAGAAGAGGCAGCUGGCCACUCACACCACCCUCGGCAAGGCUCAUGUCUCCACCAACACCCCCACACCCAAACCGGCCUCUGGCACCAGGUCUCAUCCCGCUCACUCAUGGUUCUUGCCAACCCACCCCAGGAAGCCGCGGGGCGAGGCGAAGAAGUGCCGCAAGGUGUACGGCAUGGAGAAGAGGGACCUGUGGUGCACGGCCUGCCGCUGGAAGAAAGCCUGCCAGCGCUUCGUCGACUGAGCCGUGGUGGUACCGUGAGUCCGAAACGUGAGCUGGAGCUGGAGCCUGAGCCUACCCCCGACGCCUCCGCAGUCCAGCCCAGGCCAGCCUAGCCUAACCCCUGUGCUGGUUCUUGGUCUGGUUCUCCCCUCCCCCCAGCCUUUUCCCAUCAGCAGGGGCUGGGGGAGACACUGCUGAGGUGAGGGGCCCCCUACUUUGGGACUGACUACUUUUCCUCCUCCACGCCACCAGAGGGAGCUCCUUUGCUCCAAACACCCUCAACCAGCUGAACACUGAAAACGUAAUCGUAUCUUCAUAAUGAAAACAUACACAAAAAUACUCAAAAAGUGUUUUUUUUUUUUCUUUUCUUUUUUUUUUGACAAAACAAAGAACUGGUGUAUUUUGCAUUAUUGGUAGUGUUGUUGAUGGACUUAAGCUGAUCUUUUUUUAUUUUACCUUUCCGAAAAGGAUUCAAAAAGAAACAGCAAAGGAAGAAAUAUAAAACACACAAAUCCUGAUUCUUGAGGUUGAAGAUUUCCAGACGACUUUUUAAAAAAAAUCAUUUUUGUGUGUAGCAUUUGUUAAACAUGGCAGUCUUUACUGGUCUGAAAAAAAGCAAGUAAGCUAUGUUUUUUUUGUUAUUGAACUAUUCAUGCAAUUGAUCUCUGCGACAUUCAUGUGAUCUUUGCGAAGAUUCUGCGAGUCUCUGAUUGCCGCUGAGUCUAGCUCAGAUCUGGGCCGGACUCGGUCCCGAUCCGUUCCAGAAUCGGCCUUUUUCCAGGGACCUCUCACGAGGACUGCACUAACUGUCACAAUUUUAUCAUGGACUCCCAGGAGAACCAAAGCCAAACCGAUGAUCUCUGUCUUGUGCACAAUCCCACCGUCGACCCCAGUGUCAGUAGGAGGUUUUCUUUAUCCCAUAGCAGUUUACCGGGAAGCAAAUAAUACAUCUUACAGUCUUACUUAUCAUACAGUCAUCUUUAUCCUCUUGCUUCUUCUUCAAAAGCAUAACCAGGAAAACAAUCAUCAUGCUUGUUUAAAUCUUAAGCAACAAAUUAAAUCAUAGAAACAGAUGUGUACAUACACAUAUAAAUAUAUGUAUAUAUAUAUAUAAGGAUAUAUUUUUCUUGUUUGUCUAUGUACCCUUAUAGAUAUGCACCUUGUUUUAGACAGAUAUGUAGAGCUCCCUGGGUUGGACAGUUUUGCAUGUCCUUUUAAGCUGAAACUACAAUGGAUUUGCAGCGGGCCCUGGAGUUUCACACACAGAAAUAGUUUCCUCUUCAGAUGUCUAUUUGAGGACACUUUUAACGUUGAAUGAUGUCCUCUCUUUUAUCUUUCAUUUCUCUGCUUCGUUUUGGACGUGUUAUCUCACGCAAAAACAGAUUUCUGGUAUUUUUGAUAAUCGUGCAGUUUUGUAUUAAGGAAAGGAAAUCUUAUCAAUCUACAGUAUUACCACAGUCAAUGAUGCCUCUCUGCAUCUCACUGCAUCUCACUGCAGACUUAGAAAGCCAUAUUGGCUGACUCUCACACAGAUCUAGCCCCUGGGCCCGUAUUCACAAAGCAUUUGAUCUUACCACUAAGAGCACUCCUAAAUUGCACGAAAAGUUUCGAACUAAAAGUUUUCUCCUAGGCAUGCACUACAUUGCCUACCGCAAAGAACAAUAAAUCAAUAUAUUAAUAAAUAUAUGAAUAUAAUAUACAAAUUAACUAGAGGGGCACUCUGAGAGUGCAGACCUCCGCCAAGGCCAAUUUCUCGCAAAAACAAAAACAGCGCUCCAAAAUGAAUGUGUUCUUCCUUGGCCCCACACUCGAACCCUCCACCAUGUUUCAUGAAAAUCGCCCAGAUAGAUUUUGACAUAAUCCUGCCGACAGACAGGUAGUGAAGUGAAGUGGAGGUCCUCUCGACUACUUCUUAGUUCUCCCAGACUUACUGUAGGUGCUAGUUUUUACGCUUGUGUGGCUUUUGUAAAUUACUCUUAAUCAAAAGAAUUGGUCGGCGAUAUCAUUAUAGUUACGACUUCACCAAUCCAUAUCAAACAUGCUACCAUGUUGUUGUAGCCCCACACGGCUGAUACAGUAUAGAAGGUUUGUGUCCCUUAGGCGUGUAUUUCCCUUGGUGCUAGCGCCCUCUAAAGUGAGGCAGGGUCAUAGUACUUAAUGGGCAAUAGCUCGAACAACCAAAAACUGUUUUGCCGAUUAAUUAUGACAUUUGUAUGGCAAUCUGGCCUCUAGGAGGCGCCCUAUUGGUGGAGAGGCACCGCCUACUGAAUCAGGUUCAAAGUUCAAAUCAAAAGCCUAGCGCUUCACUAGUCAAUAUGUUGUGAUGGAAAGGUUCAAACUUCACGGAGCUUCGCUUGCCACCCGGCAUCGUUACCACAUUCUGUGGACGCGUGGGAACUUUCGUGAAAUUCCGUCCGUAGGGGGGGGGUGCUGCAACUGACACAUUUCAAUAUCGCCGCUUAAGAACUAUAUAUAUAUAUAUAUAUAUCUAUAACUGCUUAAGCAAAACUUUUGAAAUUCCGUAUGUUCAUACGUGGCUUUGCUCAUACGUUUCAUUUAAACCUGCACAGCAAAAUAGCCAAUCAAAAUUUAGCAGCCAAUAAAUGCCUGUGUGAAUGGUCAAUCUAAAUGAAUUUAUAUAGGCUCAUUCAUAAUGGCAUAUAAAAGCUUUUUACCCAAUUUCAAACGGUUUAGCCAUAAGAUGUCACUACAAGCUACACUAUGUUUUCCUCUGUUUCUCUAUAUUAAGAAUGUAUUUAGUUUUUUAAUCCUUACGUAACAGUUACAAAAUUCUAAUGGCCUUCUUUCACCUGUUGAAGCGGUCAAACCAUUCAUACGACCUUUCGCUGCUCGGGGCAGUUCGCACAUUAUGCUUGGACCGCCAAUGAUUGUUGCUUGCGGCUGUAUUUGAACUAGUAUAUGCCCCUGUCCUGUUCUAAAUGUCGAUACUCGUUCACCUAUAGUUAGCAUUUACUGUACAUUUAAAAUGGUUUUCAAACAUAUUCUUGCGUUCAACUAUUAAUCUUACAUUUUACAUGACAUGCAUAUUUCUCAAAAUGAAAACAAAACAAAAAUAAAUGGCAAGUACAGUUAUACAAUGAAGCUCAUAUUGUUGCAGAUGUAUACAUGUAAGUUCACAAAAGGCUCAAAUAUAGCACAGGUACUGCUUCCCAUCCUGUCAGUGUACAGCCACCCCAUUCACAAGCUAUUCCUUUCAUUUUGACUCUGUUGUUGCCAGAAACGUAUUUCAAGUAAUCAUUCAACUUGAAUUGGAAUGGAAGUGAUCUAGUUAUUUCCCCCUUAAUUCUUACUCAUUCUUUCACUUCAUUGCGCCGGUCAUAUAACACAGCGCUAUGCGGUACGUCUAGUUUUUUUAGGAGUCUAGUUUAGUUCAGUAAAUCUGUAAAUUAGGAGCUACUUUUAGCCUCGAGAUGCUUUGUCAAUACGGGGCCCUGCUUAGCAAAGACUUGCCGAAUCCUUGUAGGAUUCAAGACACUUCAGGCCGAGACCUAUUCCAGUCUCAGCCGUUAUCUGGCUAUUUGGACGUGGCCUUUUUCAGACGAUGCUAAUCCAGCUCAGAUUUAGAUGUAGCAUUAGUGGCUAAAGGGGGGACUACAGACAGGUAUUCCUGGACCAUAUAAAUGGUACCCCUACAUUUGGAAUGUCUCUUUUUGGUAGAAAAACAACAAAGUAUUCACGUCCAAUCCAAUCUAGGCACAGGGGGAGGGAGAUGUCCACACAAUGAAAGUCUGGGAACAUAAAAUGAUGUGUGCCGGCAUGUGUCUUUUUAUAAUAUCCUGUCUGAUGCCAUAUAGUCACGUAGUUGCCAAAUCCAUUGGAAUGACAAUUUGUAGUUGUGCAUUCUUCAUCCUACUCUGUGAAGGGAUUAUUUGCUUCCCGUAUUCAGCAUUACAUACCUUUCACCCAAACUCAUUUUUGUUCGUUUCAACAAAAGCAUUAGAAGAAGAAAAAAAAAACAAGAGUCCAUUUUGUUUUGAUAAGACAGAUCACCGUUUCCCUUAAAUACUGUCUUGAUUGUAGACACUUCUUUGAAUGUAGUUUCUGCUGUAUGUAGGCCUGUACCAGCUCCUCUCUGUCCUCCAUCUGACGCUCUCUAUGCUAAGUUUCUCCCUAGUGCAACAUUUGAAUGACCAUCGUGGUCACACACAUAAGACUGUUCAUAAGCUCAUGUAAUCAAUAGCAAGGGGUCACCACACUCGCUGACAAGUGUGCACAGUGCUAUUGGACUCCUCUCGUACGAGCACGUCCCACGUCCCACCUUUGAGCGGUCUCCAUGGCAACUAUACAACCCAACAGGAAGAGAACCAGCCGGCCCAAAUCCAGCCCAGACACCCAAAAGACCGUUAUUUAUUUUAUACUAUAUCAGCAGUGAAUGGGCAAGUUUGAAUCGUAAGACCUUUAUUUCUACUGUGUUAUCAGUGAACAACGGACACAUUUGAAUCAGUGAGUUAAAGGGGCAGUAAGUCCAUUUUCUUGACAAAAAUGAAAAGGCUUCUGGACUUCCAAUGAUUGUGUAACUCUGCAGGCAUGAUAAGGAGAAAAGCCUCAAACCAAGUGUGAAUAUGCGCAGAAGACACAGAAACAAUUGUCAACUAUUAUCCUUCAGAUGUAGGGGAAUUGUUGUAGGUCCAGAGGCAUUUUAUGAAAAAAAGAUUUACAACAAAAACCCACUGACUUCCCUGGGUGAACUGGUGGCCAUGGUGCGGUUCUCUUACCUGUUUGGGUCGGUGCUGAACCUAAGCUCAGAUGCGGGGGGGCUUGGUGUCUGUAGUGGGCAGAGAGAGAGAGAGAGAGAGAGGUUUCUCUGAAGGUCGUACAAAGAGUUCACUUCACAAGUGCCAAUGAGAAGAACAACAUCACGAGGGAAAAAAAAAAAAAAAUAAAACCAUACAUGUAAGCCUACAGACAUGAAAACCGAAUUGCACUAACUUGUACUGCACAAAGAUGCGUAUUUUCUAUGUGGAAUUUAAAAAAAAAAAGAAAACAA